ACUUGUCAGUUGAUCGCGCGUUUUCACACCGCACGGAUCGAAUGUUUCUUCAAUCAUCGAAUACCAUUCACAUUCAAUGGAAUAAUAAUAUUUAUUAUCAUUUUGAAAUAAAAAAAAAAAAGAAUGUAGCAAAUUGAAUUAAAAUAAACAACAACAACAAAAAGAAGAGGAAAUUUAAUCUCCUCUUCUCUUCAAUACAAUUUACGAUCAAAUGUCAAAUUUUACGACUCACAUGCAGAUGUUACCCACUUGUUCUAUAUAGCAUUGGUCACAUCUGAUAUGCAACCAAGGAUGUUAUCACCGGCUUAAUUAUUGCCAAAUAUAUAUAUAUAUAUAUAUUGGGUCAAAGAGGCCAAAUUCUCCUCUGGACCAUAUUGUCCAUUUCCGUUUCCAUCAUCAUGAAUAAUUUACUAAAUUCCCAUAGACAAAUUCCAUGUGUAUUAUUUCUAAAUAUACUCUCGAGGAUAUCUUAAAAAUUAUUUAAUUUUGUUUUUGUUUUUUUUUUGCAUAUAAAUAUUAGAUCAAAUGGUGAAGGAAGUGUGGAAAUUAUUUAGUGUAGUUCGUAAAAAAAGAAUAAACGUAUAUUCUUUAUAAUAAUGACAAGAUGUGAAUGAUAAUCAUGAAAUGAUUAUCGAAUCAAUUUUAGUAAUUUUUCCAUGACGAAUGGCGUGCAAUGCGGAAUCUGUUGAUUUAGAUGAUGACGGAGUCCUCGACCCUCGCCUCCAAUAAAUGUCACGACGAAAAAUCCGACUCGACAAUAGCUCUGCAUAUUCACGACAUAAACAGCCAAGUGGCGCAGUUUCGCGAUCUUUUAAUAAGCAUUGGCCAAUCGCGAGAUUGUCCCGAGCUUCGCGAAAGAAUUCGAAAAUUACGAAGAAAUUGUGUCGAAGCUUGCAAAACCACAUCACAAUUGGUACUUCCUCAAAUGCGAAGUGCUAUGGAGGCAGGUAUACCAGCAGACAGUCCAAAUUUAGUUCUAUUAUUUUUCUUGGCUCAAUUAUUUCUUCGCGAAUUAUACAAAAGCAAAAAUUUGAUUCGCAUCGUGCCAAUGGACAUGACAGGAUAUUUUGAGAGCAAAUCGGGGCCAUCAAAUAUUGGGAACGUCAUUACACAAAUCCUUUUGUGCAAACAGAUUACACUGGAUUUCAACGAAGAAGAACUUUGCAGUAUUCAAAAAGAUUCCGAAGAAAUAAAUGCCCUCAUAGCCGAGUUGCAGGAAUUUAUGCCACAAUCAGAAGCUGACACUGAACGACCAGUUGCACUUCAAGAGGCAGCAAGUCGUGUGAAUCGAAGUAAUGGAAAUAGGAAGGUCUACCGAUGGGAAAAUAGGUCCAGAAAUCCGUCUUAUAUACGUGGAACGUUCAAUUUCUUAUGCUGCUCCAGACCGAACUACGUUUAAAACGCGGUAAACUUUUAUCUCCCCACCCCUCGCCCCCCCCCCCAGUCUGAAUUAUAAAUACGUUUAUAUACAUCUAUAUAUAUAUAUACGAAACUCGGUUAUAACUUCCUCCUUAGAGAAUUAAUUAUAAAGUCGACCAUUUAAUGAGACCAAAGAGACCGACGAUAUUUUCCUAAUGCUCUUAAAACCAUUAUUAAAGGACAAAAUUAUGAAACAAAAGAAUGGAUAAUUUUACUUCUUCAGUAGGAAAAUGAAGAUGUUACAAAAAAAAAAAAAAUUGAUCAAUUUUUUUCCCUCCUCUUUGGUAUUAUUAAUUAAUUAAUUUAUUUAUUAACUAAUUAAAAACAUUUCGUAAAAUUAUUAUUCAUUAAAAACAUU